AUGUUGCCGCACCACGUGCUUUGUGUGAUUGCCGCUGCGCUGUGCUGCUGCACCUCUCUGUGCGUGGCUGCUGCUCCUAUAACAAGCGGUGGUAAAGUGGUUACCAAAACUGCUUAUCUGAAGGGGCUACCAGGGCUGAUGUGCACAGACGGUUUGCUGUGGGUCAUGGAAUCAAGUGGUGGGAAGCAGCGUGCCGCCGUAUCUGUUACUCCCGCUUCCAGCGUUGUGCUGAACACGAACAAGCAGGAAGCUCUGAAGGCCUUCGAAGGUUGCAAGAAUGCGGCAAAGGAGCCUCUUACGAAUCUAUUGAACUCACUGGAGCUGGUGGCGUGCAUAGCUUCGAAGGAGGCUGAGAAGUCCCGCAAGGUGGCAGAGCAGACCGAGAUGGUUUCGAAGGACAUGAAAGCAGUCCGUGAGACAAUGGAAACGAAAUCAUCAGAGGGUGACAAACUUGGGUUGGUAAAAGUAAUACGGGAAGCGAGUGCGGAAGCUGAAAUUGCCGCAGCUUGGGCGAAGGAUGCUGCUUCCCAAGCGGAGAUUGAGGCAAACUUCACUGCGUGCAUGAGGGACUACGUGAGGGAGGAAGAAAGCAAGAACCCACCAGUACCUACCGCUCCAUCAAAAGUCUCGUCUCAAGAGGUCAUUGACACUGUUCUACUCUCACUGAAGAUGACCAGAGAGGAAGUGAAAACAACUGAGAAGGAUAAAUUAAUCGCGAUGACGGCAAAACAAAAGGCCAUGGAGGCGUUCAAGCAGCUCCCCGAUCACGCAGAACUCCUCAAAAAGCUUCCUGCAGGGACACGACUGGAAGGCGAGACAGAGCCAUUGUCAGCCGGUGGCCCUCGUGGUGACGGCCAACUGGAGACGGUUGAGCGUGCAACUUCAACAGAUCGAAGCACCGACAGCGAAGACUCUUUGCAUCCGCGUCCCGAUCUUGAGAAAGUGGACCGGGCCGCGGUGAAUUAUACCGGCAGCAGUUCUCCUGAAUCGGAGAAGACCAAAGAUGUUUCAACCAACACUGCAACUCCUGCGCCCACACAGCCACCCGCAGCGCCUGGAACAGAGGGCAUGAAUUCCGAAACUAAAGAUCACACUUUGUCCGAAACGAGAAUGACGACAGAAGCGAAGGAUAUCGACGCUGCUGCCAACAACGAAAGAUCUGAAGGAGACGACACCGCAGUAUCCGCCAUUCCAAACGCUCAAACGGAAGAACUUCCAUCUGUCGUACAAGCAAAGGUUCGCGGCUCUGUGUUUGUAUCCCAAGGCCUGAUUGACGGUCAGUUUGACAGCAGCAGCAUUCCUGCGGCGGAUUAUGCCCGACAGCUGCUGCUGCUGCUUCUCGGAGGUAUUGCGCUUCUGGUCGUGUGCUGA